AUGGCCUCAAGCUCAUUCCAUAGAGCUGAGAGGUGGUUAAAGAAAGAGGUAAGCGAGAGGUUCCUUUACUUCAACUCCGAUAGAGCUUGGGUGAUGGUGAACAUCUUUGCUCGGUCAAGGCGUCCAUACAUCUUGCCUCCGUUGAGGAAACCAUCCUUGUCUUUGGUGACAAGGGCGUUGGAGGUCUCGAGCCCAGGCUGUGUAAUUCUCCGGUCUGGUAAGCUGCAUCCUGAUGAGUUUCAAUUCGGGUCCGUCGGCCAGCGACAUGUAGAGGGGAUCCUUAGGUUCGAGACAGCCAUUGUCGGCGACGGGAAAAAGCCUGGUGGCCCAUUGGCUUGGGACAAAAUACCAUGGAAUUAUGGGCCAUUGAAUUGGGCCAGAGAUCUGUGCUGGAGCAGGAGCAGAAGUAAUGAAAAUCUGCGUCAACAAAGAGAGACGCCGAGAGAGAGAGAGAGAGAGGCGGGCAAAGUAGUUCUUCACGGAAUGUGGGCUAGUCCGUACAGCAACAGGGUGGAGCUAGCUCUGAAAGUGAAAGGGAUCGAGUAUGAGUUCGUGGAAGAAGAUUUGACGAACAAGAGUGAAGCACUUUUGAGGUACAAUCCUGUUCACAAGAAAGUCCCUGUUCUUGUUCACGAUGGCAAGCCCAUCGCCGAGUCACUGGUCAUUAUCGAGUACAUCGAUGAGACUUGGACGGAUGGUCCUCGCCUCUUGCCCCAAGAUCCCUACGAGAGAGCGAAAGUUCGCUUCUGGGCUGGCUUUUGCCAGCAGCAGUUGUUUGAGGCCAUAAUCACUGUGGUCAAAACUGAUGGAGAAGCGCAAGAGAGAGCUGUCAAGGAAGUGCACGAGAAACUGAAGGUGUUGGAAGAGGGAAUCAAGGGCAAUUAUCCCGAAGGAUCCCUAUUUGUCAACGGUGACAGCGUGGGACUCCUAGACAUUGUUGUCCACUCAAUAUUGGGUGCUCAUAAGGUUCAUGAAGAAGUCCUUGGUGUAAAAUUUCUGGACCCGGAGAAGUAUCCAAGGGUGACCUCCUGGGUGACAGCUCUAACUGAGUUUCCGUUGGUGAAAGAGGCAGCGCCUCCUCAUGAGAAGAUGGUCGGCUUUCUUCAGUUUUUUAGGGCUAGGGCUCUUAAAUCUGCAACAGCUUAAUGCAUAUAAGGGUCUCCUUGAUAAUAAGGGUGGGAACUUUGUCAGUCAAUCUUACGUAUCAUGUUUGAUUGCACUUCUAUGUCUUCUGAAUGUAUUUGAGAAAAAAGCUAAUGCCCAAUAAAU